UCAUACCUCCAGUGCUGAUGGCCACGUCCUGCAGACGUAGGAAGGAGGUCAACAACCCUAGAGCUGUACGAGCAUGGGGUGCGGUUGCAAUCGCAACUCUUUUCACAACCUGCCGGCACUGCGUUUUCGCUUAUGCCGGCAGAGGCAUCAGCCCCUUGAAGUCAGAUAUCGAGGUACUGGGCGUUUUAAGAGGACGGCUGGUUGUUGGCUAUCAUCCAGGACUGGAGGCAGUCAACGUUUUUGCCAAUCAGACCAAGCUGAAGCCCCUGAAAGACCACAAGUGGUUGGAGCAGGAGCGUCGUUAUGGCGAACGAGAUUGCAAGUAUGCAGAGUUUGCCAUACCACCACUUCCUGCAGAGAUCAACGUCCUUGGUCGUGCAGUCGGCGGACGGAUUGUCUUGAACGUGACAAACUACUUGGGUGAGGAAAAGGUGCCUAGCGCAGCGCAGUGGAAUCAGCAAUUCAUGCGAAAAAAACGCGCUUCUCCUACAAGACCAAGAUUGCAGGACCGACGGAUCCGCGGACUUCAAGACAGUGGCUGGUCGUGAAGCAGAAUCUGAUGCGAAUUGGCUGUGGAAAAA